UUUUGACGGAGACCGUGGUUACCAUGGACGCAGAGGAUUUAUAAUGUGUAAAAUAUGAUAAAUAUAAUAUAAUGAUAUCAUCCGCACGCAGCAGCAGUCAUACCAGUCAAAGAGUUUUUAAAGAACCUGGAAACUACUACCGACGAAACCCGGAUGUAGUCGCAGUUUUCCACAACAACAGGUGGAACCAAAACACCGGUAUAUUGUCUAGAGUGGCGGAGGUCCAGGUGGACGGGAUGAGUCACUCCUGGCUCCCUGAGCUGGUCUCAGGUCUGUGUCACACACCAGAGGACGAUCCUUUCCCCCUGUGGCAGGAUGGAAACGUCAGUCCCUGCUUCAACCAGCUGGUCCUCGGAGCCCUGCCCCAUGCUGGGAUGGCGGUUUUCAGCGCCUGCUACCUGAGCUUAGCUAGAAUCAGCAUCCUUCAGACAUCUGCUCCAUGCGGCUGGACGCUCCGACUGUCCUCAGCUGUGCUGGCUGUGCUGUUCUUUACUGCAGACAUCGUCUUGGUGGGCGUCCUGCAGCAGGCGGACAUGUAUCUGGACAUCCUAGCUGACAGCUGGGCCCUCCUGGCCUGGCUGGUCCACUGCGGCACAAUCGGAGUGAUUCUUAGAACUAGUGUUAGGAGAACCAGAGGACCGCCGCUGCUUCUCGCUGUGAUGCUUCUUUUAGUGCCCAAUAUAGUCAUCACCUUGAUGAUCUACUGCAACAGCAGGGGAUAUCUAAGCCCAACAGAACCUCUUAAACUGGCCAGGUUUGUCCUCACCUCAGCCCGGGCCUUCCUUUUACUCCUUUACCUUCUCGGAUUUGCCUUCCCCUGUAUGGACCGUGCUGAUUACACCUUGCAUAUAAACGCUGCAGACGGAUCCCCUCUCCUUCCAGAGAGCACUGAGCCCGACACGGGUGAGAUGGUAGCGGAGGACGGAAGCAGCUGCGUGUCUCGGCUCUUCUACCUGUGGCUGAAUCCGUUACUCAGACGAGGGCAGCGAGGAGACCUGGAGAGACCGCAGCACGUGUACCACCUUCCCUGGAAACUUCGGACCGCCGUUGUUUGGAGAUACUUCCACCGCUGUUGGGAGGCAUGUGGUAGUGGGGCAGGAAUGAGCGGCCAGCAGGAUCAGUGGCCCAGACCGGUCAGCAGCGUGAAAGGAUCAGACUGUAGGGAGGGGCUGCUGGAACUGGAGGGGGAUGUAAGAUUACUGAGAGUGUUGCACAAAGCAUUUGGGUUGCGGUACUACAUCCUGGGUGUGCUCAAGGUGACGGUAAACAUAUCUUCGUUUGCAGGUCCCCUGCUUCUCAGCAGUCUAGUGAGCUUUAUAGAGGAGAAGGGCGCCCCCUUCAGUAAAGGAGUCAUCUGUGUGCUGGGCCUGUUUGCCACAACACUCCUAAGUUCAGUCCUCCGCAACAUCUACGUCUUUCAGAUAUCCAAGAUCUCCCUGUCAGCACGGGCUUCGCUGGUGUCGGCGAUCUACGGCAAAGCGCUGCAGGUCAGCAGCUGCAGCCUGGCCGGCUUCACGCUGGGAGAGGUGGUGAACCUGAUGAGCACCGACACCGACCGCGUGGUCAACUUCUUCAACAGUUUCCACGAGCUGUGGAGCCUGCCGUUCUGCUUCUCCGUCACCCUCUACCUGCUGUACCUGCAGGUAGGCGCAGCUUUCCUCGGGGGGCUCUGCGUGGCGCUGGUCCUGGUGCCUUUCAACAAGUUCCUCGCCUCACGUAUCCUAAGCAACAACAAAAACAUGCUGAGGUACAAAGAUAACCGAGUUAAGUUAAUGACAGAGAUCCUCUUCGGCAUCCGUGUCAUCAAGUUCUACAACUGGGAGCCUCAUUUUACCCAGAAGGUGGCUAAAUAUCGGGAAAAGGAGCUGUUGCACCUCAAGAACCUCAAGUACCUGGAUGCGCUGUGUGUUUACACCUGGGCCGCUCUGCCUGUGGUCAUCUGUGUCCUCACCUUUGUUACAUAUGUGCUACUUGGACACCAGCUAACUGCUGCCAAGGUUUUCACCACUGUUGCCCUGGUAGGAAUGCUGAUCGUUCCUCUCAAUGCUUUCCCCUGGGUGCUCAAUGGGAUCCUUGAAGCCAAAGUGUCCCUGGAACGAAUCCAACGCUUCUUCAAACUGACCAACCAGGAUCUGCAGGCCUACUACGCUCUGAUGUCUCCUGAAGAUACGAGUCAGACAUCCAUCCUGCUGAAGCAGGGGGCGUUUUCCUGGCAGGGACCCGAUGUGAAUGAGGCGGGAGAAACUGAAAAUGAGGUCGGGAGAGGAAGUCUGCUCCUCCACAGCCUGGAUCUACACGUAAUAAAGGGCUCUCUGGUGGUCGUCGUGGGGAAGGUCGGCUGUGGGAAAAGCUCCUUGCUAGCCGCUAUCACUGGAGAACUCAGGAGGCUUAGCGGAGUGCUCUAUGUGGCCAACAGAGAGGCAGGCUUUGGUUUGGCCUCACAGGAGCCGUGGAUCCAACAUGCUUCAGUGCGAGACAACAUCCUGUUUGGCAAAGAUUACAGCGCGGCUCUCUACCAAGCUGUGAUCGAGGCCUGCGCGCUCUCCGAUGAUCUCAGCGUUUUACCAAACGGAGACAAAACAGAGGUGGGAGAAAAUGGAGUGACUCUGAGUGGAGGACAGAAGGCCCGGCUGGCCCUGGCCCGAGCCGUUUACAUGGAUAAAGAGAUCUACCUACUGGAUGAUCCACUAGCAGCUGUGGACACAGACGUAGCCGAACACCUCAUGAAGAAAUGCAUCCUGGAGCUCCUCAGAGGGAAGACCAGGAUCCUCUGCACCCACCGUAUAGAAUUUGUGGACAAGGCUGACAUGGUGGUCCUCAUGGACAGUGGGACCAUAGUUAAAACAGGAACACCAGCGGAGAUCCUCCCUUUGAUACAGUCUGAGCCGCAAAUUGGGAGAAGCAACCAGAAAGCAGGACCUAAAGAUGAGCCACAGAGUGAGGAAGAUCUGGGUUCCCUCCCUGAUCUCUGUGCAGAUGAUGAUCCUGAUGUGUUGGGUGAAGAGCAGAAACGAGUGGGCGGACUGGCUUGGGGGGUGUAUAAGACCUACUGGUUUGCUGUGGGUGGAGCGCUGGCUGCCUCCAUCUUGAUGUCGCUGCUUCUGAUGCAAGCCUCUAAGAACGUUUCUGACUGGUGGCUCUCCCAUUGGAUCUCUUCAUUGAAAAACAACGGCUCCAGUUGUGCUAAUGAUUCCUCCUCGACCCAUCUUCUUCUUCCUCACCUGCUGCUUUUUUCACCCGGUCACCUAACCGGCUACGUCCUUCGAAGGCCAGAUUCGUUGGCCGAUUACAGGCGCGGUAUUGAGACUGAUUUCCCUCGUUUCAGGUUCAGGGAGGAGAACUCCAAACGCCUGGAGCAGAACCAGCGCUGCCUGUUCGUCAGCAACGCCGCCAUGCAGUGGCUGGACAUCCGCCUGCAGCUAAUUGGUGUUGCUGUGGUGACAGGGCUCGGGGUGAUAGCUGUCGUCCAGCAGCAGUAUGGCGUUGUGGACCCAGGUCUGUUGGGUUUGUCCCUGUCUUACGCUCUGUCCAUCACACAACUGCUGUCUGGGCUCAUAUUCAGCUUCACACAGACUGAAAUGCAGAUGGUUAGUGUGGAGCGAACAGAGGAAUACUCAACCGAAUUGCCAACUGAGCCUCAGGAGCUCAAUGUUCAGCUGCCCGCUGCAUGGCCAGAACGGGGCUCCUUGGAGUUCUGCCAUGUGGUUCUGGCCUACAGGGAAGGUCUUCCUAACGCCUUGGAUGGUGUGAGCCUGACGGUGAGACCUGGGGAGAAGAUAGGCAUCGUGGGACGGACAGGCUCCGGAAAAUCCACCAUGUUUCUGGCCCUGUUUCGUAUGGUGGAACUCAACCAGGGGCAGAUCCUCCUGGAUCAGCUGGAUAUCAGCACUGUUGGCGUUGCUCAGCUAAGGUCAAGGCUGGCCAUUAUUCCUCAAGACCCCUUCCUGUUCAGCGGGACCGUCAGGGAUAAUCUGGACCCUUGUAAGAGACACCUGGACCAGCAGCUGCUAGAGGUUCUGGAUCAGUGCCACCUGAGCUCCGUGGUCAGCAGGAUGGGGGGCCUGGAGGCUGAGGUUGGAGAACGAGGAAAGUUCUUCUCAGCAGGACAGAGGCAGCUGCUGUGUUUAGCCAGAGCUCUGUUAACUCAGGCCAAGGUUCUUUGUAUCGAUGAAGCAACAGCCAGUGUGGACCAGAAGACGGACAAACUGCUACAGCAGACAAUCAGAGAGAGAUUUCAGGACAAGACGGUGCUCACUAUAGCCCACAGGAUCAACACCAUCAUGGACUGCGACCGUGUGCUUGUGAUGCAUGCUGGGAAGGUGGUGGAGUUUGACACGCCCGCAGCUCUCUGUCAGACGGACACAUCAAUCUUCCACAGACUGGUUGGUGGGCGAGGAAAUUAGCCAAUCAGCAGGAUGGAUGGAAAUGUUCUGAGAAGCAGAAAUCAGCUUCUCUACUUUAUGCUGGACUUUUAUUGAGACCUAGAAGAUUUCUACUAGACUAUCAUCAAAAAACUGAAUGACUUCAUUUAUGUUACUAGAUGUUCUGCUGAAGAGGACAUCUGGGGUUGUGUUGAAAUUUUGUAAUAAACACAAAAACGUU